GCCAUGAUGGAUAAGGGCACUCAUGUGCGUUCUUAUUAGCAAGCUGAUGAGGUUUGCUUUCACUCGGGCAGGUCGGCCUGAGCUUUGCAGAGGUAGUGGUUGCUGAUCUGCCUCAGUGGGUAGGAGGCAACUGCCUGUUUAGGCAGAUGAGCCAUAGUCUUGCAGCGACCAACACAAUGGCUUCUGCUGCGGCCUCAUCGUCGGGGAGGGUGUCGGGGAAGACCACCAGUUUUGCGCCUGAGCUCCAAAGCAUGAUGUUUUCCUUGGGUGAUGCCCGUCGACCUCUGUAUGAUACGGCAGUGCUUGUGGAAGACAUUGUUCACACUCAGAUGAUUAAUCUGCUCCAGCAGGCGGCCGAUGUUUCCCAGAUGAGAGGAGCCCGCGUGAUCUCCGCUGAAGAUCUCCUUUUCCUGAUGCGCAGAGAUAAGAAGAAGCUCAGAAGACUCUUGAAAUACAUGGGUUUUCGUGACUACAAAUCCAAAAUACUUAAAGGCAUAGAAGAAGAGGAUAUGGAAGAGAAGCUGAACAGCACGGCCAAUGCCAACAAACGACAGAAACUGGCCCAGGACUUCCUCAGCUCCAUAGACCAGACUGGGGAGCUUUUGGCCUUGAUGGAAGACGAUGAGAUUGAUGAAGUUAAACAGGAACGAAUGGAGAGAGCAGAAAAACAAACCCGAAGUAUGGAUUCCACGCAGUAUGCCGAAUUCUGUGAAAGUCGCCAGCUGAGCUUCUCUAAGAAGGCUUCCAAGUUCCGGGACUGGCUGGACUGCAGCAGCAUGGAGAUAAAACCGAAUGCUGUCGCUAUGGAGAUUUUGGCCUAUCUGGCAUAUGAGACCGUGGCUCAGCUAGUGGAUCUGGCCCUCUUGGUGAAGCAAGAUAUGGCGCCGAAGACGUGCGACCCUUUCACGCACGCAAUGUCCGCCACCUUUACCCAGAGUCGGAACUCUUCUGAGUUACUUGCAUCUCAAGCACCAACAUUAAAGAGUAAUCCUGACACGCCAGAAAAUACACCGCCUGCCACCCCCACCCCACCAUCUUCUGGCCCACACCAGGGCAAAAGCCAAGCCGGAGCUCUGGGAAACGGCAGCCUGGGGCAAGACUCCAAAACCAAGCAGAGGAAAAGGAAAAAGAGCGCAGCGACUGGUGGGGCAGAAACGAACUGCGAUGCCAUCCAGCCCGGCCACAUCAGAGAGGCAAUCCGCCGCUACGGCCACAGGGUUGGCCCGCUCUCCCCGUUCACGAGCGCCUACCGCAGGAUGGGGAUGCCGUUUUUAGCCUGUUAAUGACACGGAUGUUACAAAAGUAACAAGAAGAAGAAAAAAAAUAAAUAAAAAAUAAAAAUAAAGGGUUCUCCUGAAGCAACCUGUAUUCCUUCACAUUCGGCGGGCCGGAGAGGGACGCGAGUGGGCUGAUUUGUUGUGACUAUGGACAGACGCGACCGUAUGUGUCAUCUCCUGGCCCCCUCAGGCGCGUCUGCUUGUUUACCAGCUGGAAGAGUUGGCUAAUUAAUGGCAGGAUGUUUGGGAUCCUGUGUAGGUGGGGGAAGAACGCACAUCACGGAGCCCUGUCGCUAGCAACAGGUCAACACACCGUCAGCUCUUAUUUUAGCCCUAAACAUUAUAUUUAUACAAGUUUCCUUUCCGAGGCAGAACCAGCAGAAAGGGCAAAUUACACUGGGUCAUAUUUUCCCCCAAAUUAAAAAAAAAAAUAUAUAUAUGUGUAUGUAUGUACAUCCUGUAAAUGAAGGAUGGCUGCAAACCCUUUAGCUCUUGUUGAACUACAACUCUCAUCACUCUGAGCUAUUCAUAUGGAAUGAGUUGUAGGAUAACCCCUGUUUUAGGACAGCUGCUUGCUAAAGUCGAAAUUAAA